AUGGAAAAAAUCUAAAAUCUUUAUUGGUAAGAUUAAUAUGAUUAGAAAAAAAAGAAGGUUGGCAAAUGGAUUGCUUCUCAGGAUGGAGAAGUUUUAAUAAAUGUUGGUGGAUACUAUGAGAAUGGCUUAAAGCAAGGGUUAUGGAAAGAACUAUUCUAACAUCAUUUCAGGUUGUAAAAAUAUAUUUUAAUUAACAGUCAGCCUCAAAUUUUAUAAACAGGAGAAUACUUGAAUGAUUAUAAAAUAGAAAAAUGGAAAUAUUUUUACAAAAAGAGGGAUUUGUAUUUAUAUUAAUAAUUGUUUAGAGAUGGUGGCUUCUACAAUAAUGAAGGGAAGAAGAUAGGCAAAUGGAUCGAGUUGGAUAAAGUAUUUUAGUUUAUUUCCUGUAUCAUAUACACUUCAUCUAGUGGUGAGUAUAAUAAAAAGGGUAUGAAGGUAGGUAGAUGGGAGAUUUGAUUAAAUUA